AUGGACUUCGAUAAGAUUACGAAGCCUCGAUUACUAAACCUAGCGGAAGAGCCGGGUGUAACGGUAAUGAAGUCCAUGAGAAAAGCGGAAGUAAUCAAAGCUAUUAAGACUUCCGGGGCCGACCUCGACGAAAUGAAAGAAUGUUGGGAUGAGGUCCAGAGGAAGCAAAGACGUGAGAAAGCGGAACUCCGGAUGAUGGAGGCCAAAUUGCAAAAGUCGUCUGGUAAGACCAGAGAAGUGGAAACUUUAGAUAUCAGAGCUUUUUUGCUGCCUUUUCGUAUCGGUGGUGACCUGGGUUUAUUCCUCAUUAAUUUUGAACGCACUUGUACCAAGCUGGGGUUGGCGGAUUCGGACUGGGCACAGCGACUUCUCAGUGUUUUGCCCGGAGAGGCGGCAGACGUUGUGGCCCGACUGGACCCAGACAGUGCGCAGUAUUACUUCAAGGUAAAAGAAAGCCGCCUGAGAAAGUUCAGGCUUUCCCCGGAGGCGUUCCGAGUAAAGUUCCGAGAAGCUACGAAGCGUCCCGAGGAAAGUUACAGUGAAUUUGCGUACCGUUUGCACGGUUUCGUUGAGAACUUGUUUCGUGGGGUUAACGCGUACGAGGACCGCGAAAAGAUUCUGGAGCAUAUUGGUCUCGAGCAGUUUUUUAAUUCCAUUCCGAGUGGAAUGAAAUUGUGGAUUCAGGACAGACCAGACGUUGUCUCCGUACAAAGAGCCGCUGAUUAUGCUGACGAAUACUACUCCAGGCACGAAAAUGCAGCUGCAGAAAGCAAGUCAUUUAGCCGUAAUAAAAAUCGUUCAGCUUAUCGCUCGGUCGACCACAACAAAGCUACAAAGCCCGACGUAGGCGGAAAGGCAGCGCAAGACGAGAUCGAAAAGAAAAGCCCAGAUAAGAAAUCAACCAAGGCCUUCGAAGCACGAAAGCCCAUUGUGUGUUACCGAUGCAAUCAGCCUGGGCAUCUUGCUGUGGGAUGCCGUGUUCCGAAGGUUUCGAGAAUAAAUUUGGCACUGGGAGCAGAAGACGAGCUUCUAAAACCCUAUCUGUAUGACAUGAUGGUGAACGGCCAGUCCUGUAAAGUUUUGCGGGACACUGGUGCCACUCACGAUCUAGUUCAUUCCUCACUGGUCGAGCCAAGUGACUUAACGGGCGACUGCGUUUGGAUUUGCCAGGCACUUGAGAGUAAGGCUAGCAGUCUUCCAGUUGGAAAAGUCAAGGUGAAGGGUCCGUUUGAGGAAAUAGAAACGACCGCCGAGGUUUCUGAUGUCGUACUUCCCUACGUGCCCUUACAUUCUUUCUAA